AUGGAUGGUGGUGGAAAGGACAAACUUGGAUACAACAAGAUUCGCCUCUGUGGAGAACAAACACGGCGAGAUGGAUUCCAAUACUUCUGGGUUGAUACUUGCUGCAUCGAUAAGUCAAACAAGGCCGAGCUCUCCUCAGCUAUCCGGUCCAUGUUUCGCUGGUAUCAAGAUGCGGCGAAGUGUUACGUAUACCUUUCAGACGUAUCAACAAAGGAGAAGAAACUUGAUGACAUGCUUAGUGAAACUUAUUGGGAGCGUUCGCUGAGGUCAAGUCGCUGGUUCACGCGUGGCUGGACCCUGCAGGAGCUCCUGGCCCCGAGUGUGGUUGAGCUAUUCUCUCAGGAAUGGGAAAGGAUUGGAGAUAAAACGUCACUCGGACCGCUAAUCAGCAGGACCACGGGUAUACCACAGAAUGUACUUCAGGAGGGUACUCUUGCCCAGUUCGACAUUAGCGAGCGCUUGCGUUGGAGAGGUGACCGGAAAACUAAGCUGAAAGAGGAUAUGGCGUACUCGCUGUCAGACAUUUGUGAUUUCGAUAUCGCGCAUUUGUAUGGGGAAGGAGAAGAGGAAGCACCUAGGCGACUUAAUAAAGAGAUCCAGAAGUUGAAGGACUGUUUGCGUGACUUGCGCCACGGCGAUCCCAGGGACGACAAGAAGCGAGUCGAGGAGACCAAGGGCGGGUUGUUGGUAGACUCAUACCGCUGGGUGCUCAACAACGAUACCUAUCAGCAAUGGCAAAGAGAUCCGCAAGCCCAACUUCUAUGGGUAAAGGGCGACCCUGGAAAAGGCAAAACGAUGCUGCUCUGUGGCGUCAUCGACGAGCUACGCAGCUCGAUGCCGAAGAAAACUCUACUGUCAUUCUUCUUUUGUCAAGCGACAUUAUCCCAUCUCAACAACGCUACAGCCGUGCUUCGAGGGCUACUGUACAUGCUCAUAACGCAGCAGCCAUCACUUUCGUCGCAUGUAUUCAAGAGGUAUGAUCUCGCAAGAAAUCGACUAUUCGAGGAUGCAAAUGUCUGGAUUGCAUUGACGGAAAUCUCGAUAGACGUGCUAUAA